AAUACAUUGCGCCACAUUUUCGAGCAGGUGCGUGCGCUGCGCGUUUGAAAAACAUCGCCAAAAAUGCGUGUGCCGGUUUCAUGAACACACUCGGGAAAGUUAUUUGUCGUCCAGUAUUUAGCAUCGGUAUUGGCCAUCGGUUUCCGGUGAACCUGCCCCAGAGACCACAUCACCAUUGUGAAAUGGCCACAAAUAACGAACCAGUUUCACCGCUUCGCUAUCGGGUGACGGCCAAAUGCUCCACAACUAAGGCGCGAGUUGGAGUGAUGUCCCUGAAGCACAGCGAUGUGGACACACCGGUGUUUAUGCCGGUCGGGACGCAGGGAACCCUUAAAGGAUUGCUGCCGGACCAGAUUCUGGCUCUGAAUUGUCAGAUCAUGUUGGGUAACACCUAUCAUCUGGGGAUGCGACCUGGGACGGAGAUCCUGGAGAAAGCUGGUGGGCUGCAUGAAUUCAUGGGAUGGCCGCGAGCUUUGCUAACCGAUUCCGGUGGCUUCCAGAUGGUUUCGCUGCUGCAGCUGGCGGAAAUAACGGAGGAGGGUGUCAAAUUUCAGAGUCCCUUCGAUCAGAGCGAAUCAAUGCUUACGCCUGAACGUUCAAUGGAGAUUCAGAACGCGAUCGGGGCCGAUAUCAUGAUGCAACUGGAUGAUGUGGUCAAAACAACGACCACCGGGCCGAGAGUUGAGGAAGCUAUGCAUAGGACAAUUCGCUGGUUGGAUCGAAGCAUAGCGGCCCACAAGCGAAACGACAAGCAAAGUAUUUUUCCAAUUGUGCAAGGAGGACUGCAACCGGAUUUGCGAAGGCAGUGUGCAGCUGAGUUGACUAAGCGUAGCACACGAGGCUUUGCUGUGGGUGGAUUAAGUGGUGGAGAAAGCAAAGAUGAAUUUUGGCGCACGGUGCAUCUUUGUACGGAUUUGCUACCGGAAGACAAACCUCGGUAUUUGAUGGGCGUUGGAUUUGCGCCUGAUUUGGUGGUUUGUGUGGCACUGGGAAUUGAUAUGUUCGAUUGUGUGUUCCCAACUCGCACAGCACGUUUUGGAUGUGCUUUAGUCCGCGAGGGUCAGUUAAAUUUGAAACAGACAACUUACAAAACUGAUAUGCGACCUAUUGAUGAAAAUUGUGAUUGUUCCACCUGUAAAACUUACAGUAGAUCGUAUCUGCAUCAUAUUGUGACAGUCGAGCCAGUUGCCUGCAGUAUCAUAAGCAUUCAUAAUGUCGCAUUCCAGCUAAAACUGAUGUCAGACAUGAGGGAAAGUAUAAAAUCGAAUACAUUCCCAAACUUCAUACAAUCUUACAUGAAGCAACGAUACCCGGAUGGAAAAGUGCCUAAAUGGAUAGUUGAAGCUUUAGCUGCCGUAAAUGUUGUCAUCGAGUCAAAUCAACUAACUGACUAACAGAUCGAAAAAGGAAUUCGGAUACCACGUAAAACCCAAAAGGUAACAUAAAAUAAUUUAUUAGGAUGAUUCCAA